AUGAGUCCAAAAAAUAAUAUUCCUUUAUUCAAUUUAACACAGAUAAUAGUAGGGAUUGUUGCUUUUUCUUAAGGAGUUUAGCAUUUGGCUGAUUUAUCAAUUCAAUACUUAUAUAAGGAUGAUUUUCAUGUAUCACCUAGUAGAAUGGGAGUAUAUAUUGGACUAUCAUAAUUGCCAUGGUAUAUUUAUUAAUUAGCUUAAUUAUAGGAUAAUUAAACCAAUUUGGGGAAUUAUUUGUGAUUCAUUUCCUAUUUUAGGUUCUAAAAGGAAAGCUUAUAUUGUUUUUUGUGGUUUUUUAAGUUUCAUUGGAUGGCAAUUAAUGGCAUAUACUGGAGUUGAUAAUGUUUAUUUGGCUGUUGCUUUACUUAUUAUGAUAUCAUCAUCAGUUUGUAUCUGUAAUGUAGUUGGAGGUAAAAGUAACUUAAAUUUUAGAGGCUUUAAUGGUUGAAUAGUGUGCAAAUGAUCAUGCAGCAAAUAAUGUAUCAGUGUUUUUUGGAUUCAAAGCAGCAGGUGGAUUAAUUAGUGCAUAUUUUUCAGGGAUGUUACUUAUGUAUCUAACUAAAAGACAAAGUAAUUCACUUUAAAAUCUAUAACUAGUAUUUCUUAUUAAUAGUUUGUUUCCAUUAACAAUGGCUAUACUUUCUUUAAAAUUAAAAGAGACUCAAUAAACCCAAUAAUCAUAAAAUAUAAAAGAAGUUUUGAGUAUUUUUUGGACAUUCUUUUCUAAUCCCAAAAUUUAUUAGUAAAUAUUUAAUCUAAUUUAAGAGACCUGUAUUGUUAAUUUUAGCAUUCAUGAUGGUACCUUCAAGUAGUUCAAUAAUGUUUUAUUUUUAUACUGAAGUAUUGCAUUUUACUCCAAAAUUCAUGGGAUAUCUAAAAUUUAUUAGUUGUUUGGGAACUCUACUUGCAAUUUUAUUGUAUAGAAAUUUCUUAAAAGAUGUUGAAUUUAAAAAGAUAUUUUUAACAACAACUAUCUCAUUCUUCUUUUGUUAUCUCUCAACUAUACCUUUGGUUACUAGAAUGAAUGUAUAAUGGGGAAUAGAUGAUAGAUUUUUCUGUUUAGGUGAUUCAGUCAUAUUAUAAUUUAUUGGAGAAUUGAAUUUAUUACCUAUAUUAGUGUAUGCAUGCAAAAUAUGUCCUAAAAACAUUGAAGCUACAAUGUAUGCUAUGCUUAUGGCUACCAUGAAUCUAGGAACUUUUGCUGGAGGAUAAUUAGGCAAUUUGAUCUUAUAUGAAAUGGGAAUCAAUUAAUAAGAUUAUUCUAAGCUUUAUAUAUUUAUUGCUCUAUCAAGUAUCUUCUUUAUUUUACCUUUGCCAUGGAUCCAUUUAAUUAAUGAUAAAGCAAUAUCAAAUUAAAAAGAAUAAGAGUCUCCAUAAAUUUACGAUAUUGAGGAACAAUAAAAAUUGAUUGCUGAUGCAGAAUGA